GCCGCGGACACUCUGUGCACGCGCUGUCGGUUUGUUGGUUUGGACACUUUGGAGAGUUUUGGAGAGUUUUGGAGACUUUGCGCGGAGGAUCUGAAGCAGAUUUCGGGGCUUUGAGAGGACGAUGACUCCGCUGGAGGACCAGCUGCUCUGAACAUGGAUUGGUCUACAGGAGGGGGCGGGACUUGGAGGCUCCGUCACUUCCUGCCGGUCGUCCUGCUGUGGACGUCUCUGCAUCGCCACGUGCUGUGCUGCAGCCCCUCCAGCUGUGUGUUGGUGCUGACGGAGAACCAGGGGGCGUUCACGUCGCCCUGCUACCCCCAGAUAUACCCCAACUCUCAGGCGUGCCGAUGGACCAUGCAGGCGCCCGCCGGCUUCAUCAUCCAGCUCUCCUUCCUGGACUUCGACCUGGAGGAGGCGCCGGGCUGCAUCUACGACCGCGUGCUGGUCAACACGGGGAAAACGGACGUUAAGUUUUGCGGUCCGACCGCCAACGGGCUGACGCUGAACUCCACCGGGAACGUGAUGGAGCUUUCCUUCAACUCCGACUUCAGCGUGCAGAAGAGAGGGUUCAGUGUUAGCUUCCGGCACGUGGCAGUGGCCCUCAGGAACCAGAAGGUCACCAUCUCCCACGGUAACGGUCAGGUGACCCAGGUGUCCGGCUCAGUUUCCAUCCCGACGCUCAGUCACCUGACGCUUUGCUUUGAGCUUGAACGCACCGGCAACAAAAAGAAAGAGUGGAUCUUCACGUACUCGGACAGCAGCAACAACGUGGCUCUGAGUCUGGGCUCGGAUCAGUCCGGCAUGAAGAUGAUCGUGGACGGGGUGGAGUGUCCCAUCGACUCCAUCCUCUCCUCCGCCAACUUCACCUCCGCCAUGAAGCCUUUCUGCGUGCUCUGGACUUCUUCCAACGGACGCGUGGCGGCCUACUUUAACGGGAACUACUCUGCCAAGAGCUGCUCGGCCUCCAGCGGACACUCUGUGCCGGGCGGGGGGCAGUUCAAGUUAGGAGGACAGCAGAGUUUCAACGGGAACAUCUACAAUCUGCGGCUGUGGGACUACGCCAUGACGCUCUCACAGCUCAACGCUCUGAGCUGCGACACGGUGGGAAACGUGAUCGACUGGGACAACAACCACUGGAGCAUCCAGUCCUCCAUCGCCCAGACAGACACCUCGCUCAGCUGCAUCUGCUUCCCUCAUUGCAUUCACUUAACUACUGCUGCGCCAACUAGUGGUGUCUCCCCGCCCAGCAACACCCCCCUCACUCCCAGCUGUGACUCCCCCGGACUGGGCUGCCCAGCCCAAUCCACUGACUCCACUAACACCAUCCAUGCUACUAAUGCCAUCACCCACGUUCCCUCUCCCAUCACUACAUCUCCAUCCACCAUCCUCACCACUAGCAUGCCACUAACCCCAACCAUCAUUACCACCUCCUCCACCACCUCCACCACCUCCUCCACCACCUCCUCCUCCUCCACCUCCUCCAGCUCCUCCACCACCUCCUCUGUAAUACCAACCACUGCCACCACCGUCACCAUCAGCGCUGCCACUAACGCUUCAGCCAGCAGCACCACAACUGCCCUGCAGACAACCAGCAGCACAACAACUGCUUCAUCUGCUCCCACUAACCUCCCAGCUACUAACCCCACAACGCAUGUCGCUGCCACGACGCCUCUGCUGCUUUUAGUGACUACUAACCAUCCAGCCACUAACCCAUCAGUCGCUGCUGCUUCCUCCGGGGAGGGGCUGUUCUUCAAGGCUUCCUUCCAGGUGGAGGACGGGGCCGAGCUGACCCAGGACCAGCUGGAGAGAGCUGUGGCAUUAUGGUUAAAUCAGACGUUUCAGAACUGGACUCAGGCGGUCUACGUGGACUCCGUCAGUGUGCAGCCAGGUGUGCAGAAGGAAGGAACCCCGACCAGUUACUCGUGCCAGGCGCUGCUGCUUUAUUACUACAUAUCCAAUCAGAGCGUGGGGGGGGCGGAGCUGUCCAAUAGGCUGUCGGGCAGCGGGGGGGCGAUGGGGGCCGGCCUUCAGCUAGACCCCGCCUCCACCCAGGUGACACCCAUAGAGAACUGUCCCGAGGAGAACCCUCUGCACUACCGCUGGCCCGAGAGCCGGCCCACCGUCACCCAGACGCUGCCCUGCUUCCCCAACAAGGAGCAGAGCACCUCCAGGACCUGUUUGAUCAGUCCUCAGAACCUCUCUUCCUAUUGGUCGGUUGCAGACAUCAGUAACUGCACGGACAUCGACACCAUCGAAGUGUCCGCAGAGAACGCAGCAGAGGUGGCGGUGCAGCUCGCCGUCAUCACCGACAACGAGCUGUCGGAGGAGGAGGUGUCCAAGGUGGUGUCCAAGGUCAAGCAGCUGGUUGCCGUGGCGAGGAUCAACAGCUCGCUGGCCGAGACCGUCGUCACCAUCAUCUCCAAUGUGAUGACGAGCUCCGAGAGCACGAGGGCCGCCACCGCUGACAAGGCUCUGAAGACGGUGGAUGAGCUGGUUCAGAAGAUGGAGUUCCAGGGUUCCUCCAUCAGCAUCACCUCCAGACACCUGGCUGUGGGCAUCUCCACCCUCAACACCUCCGCCUUCAACGGCACCUCCUUCAGCGCCUUCAUGGCCCCCAACUCCACCCACCCACAGAUUGACUUUGAGUCUGAGCGCACUCACCCAUUGGCUCAGGUGCUCCUCCCCCCCUCCCUGCUGUCGGGCGUCUCUCCGAGCGAGGCGGAGCAUCUGUCCCGCAUCAACUUCCUGUUCUUCAGCAGCACCACCCUGUUCCAGAAGGAGCAGCAUGGCCGCUCUCUGAACAGCUACGUCGUGGCGAGCAGCGUCGGGAACUUCUCCAUCAGAGAGCUGACGGAGCCGGUGGAGAUCACCAUCGCUCACUUGUCUGACCAGCCCAACCUGCGCCCGGUCUGCAUGUUCUGGGACUUCAGCAUGAACAGUGGAGUUGGAGGCUGGAGCCCAGACGGCUGCAGGGUGUCAGCAGACUCAACGAGCAACAGGACGGUGUGUCUGUGUGACCACCUCACACACUUCGGCAUCCUCAUGGAUAUCUCCGGUGCCGCUGCGUUCACUGACCCUCAGAAUAAUCGCAUCCUGACCUUCAUCACCUACAUCGGCUGCGGGAUCUCCGCCAUCUUCUCCGCCGCCACGCUGCUCACCUACGUCGCCUUCGAGAAGUUGCGGCGGGACUAUCCCUCUAAGAUCCUGAUGAACCUGAGCACCUCGCUGCUCUUCCUGAACCUGGUCUUCCUAUUGGACGGCUGGCUGGCGUCCCUGCAGCCUGAUUGGCUGUGCCUGUGCGUGGCCGUCUUCCUGCACUACUUCCUGCUCACCACCUUCACCUGGAUGGGGCUGGAGUCCAUCCACAUGUACAUCGCUCUGGUCAAAGUGUUCAACACCUACAUCCGCAGAUACAUCCUCAAGUUCUGCAUCGUGGGCUGGGGUCUGCCGGCUGUGCUGGUGGGGAUCGUAGUCGCGGUGGAUAAAAACUCUUACGGUGUGCGGGAGUACGGCCGGGGAGACUCAGGGGAGUCCUCCAAGUUCUGCUUCAUCAAGAACUCUGUGGUUUUCUACACCACGUGCGUCGGGUACUUCUGUCUGGUGUUUCUUCUGAACGUGGCGAUGUUCAUCGUGGUGAUGAUGCAGAUCUGUGGACGCAACGGCAAGAGGAGCAACCGCACACUGAGAGAGGAGGUGCUGAGAAACCUGCGCAGUGUUGUGAGUCUCACCUUUCUGCUGGGGAUGACGUGGAGCUUCGCCCUGUUCGCCUGGGGUCCGGUGUACCUGGCCUUCACCUACCUGUUCUCCAUCUUCAACUCCCUGCAAGGUCUGUUCAUAUUCAUCUUCCACUGCGCGCUGAAAGAGAACGUCCAGAAACAGUGGAGGAGAUUCCUUUGCUGCGGGAGGUUCAGACUGUCCGACAACUCAGACUGGAGUAAGACGGCCACCAACAACACGAAGAAGGUGUCCUCGGACAACAUGAAGUCUCUUUCCUCCAGCUCCUUCGGCUCCAGCACCGCUAACUGGACCUCCAAAGCUAAAGCUACACUCAACCCCUUCAGCAAGAGACACAGCAACACAGAAAGCUCUUCCAACCAAUAGCAGGCGUGGACGACCGACGGAGAUAAAUGUUUCUCCAACCAGACCAGCCCCAAGUGUGUCUCCUCCUCCUCUUCCUCCUCAGAGGCGGAGCCCAACUCCUCGUCCUCCUCGUCCUCCAUCCUCCCCGUCAGCCAGAUGAUCGACAAGGUGAAAGGUUACUGCUCCACGCGCUCCGACAACUUCUACAAGAACAUCAUCAUGUCCGACAGCUUCGCCCACAGCACCCGCUUCUAGAGCGCCGACCCAGGGCAGACCCUUCCUCCCUGGAACGUUCUAGAAAAGCUUGCGACGCCAUCCUCCCAUCAGCUUCUGUUAAAGGUUCCAUCAUGAAGCGCCACACUGGAACCUGCCGCGCGCUCUUCUGGAACCGCCCACCAGGUUAUUUAAGGGUUUCACGACGUUUCGCAAGACUUUGGAACCUUUCCGUGUUCCAGAACUUCUUCUUCUCAACAUUCUAGAACCCUCAACAACGGUUUGAGAUCCCUCUGUGUUCCGGAACCUCCUCCCAACAUUCCAGAACUCUUUUCCAGGACGCUUCAAAGACUUCUGAUGGUGCGUUCACACGGGACUUGAAGCAAACUUUUUUUCCGUGUGUCGGUUGUUGCUGAUUUAUUUAUACUUAUAUGACGUAGUUUUGAGUGUCGGUAGUGCUAAUGUUAGCGUAGCUUAGCCGUAAUAGAUCUUACUCCCUCCAGAGAUCCCGCCUCCUCUCUGCCGUGUGAUCGGUUAAACACAAACGACGAGGCAGUCAAACUCUCGUAUUGUGAAGCUUUGCGACGGUGUGGAAGCAACUUAAGAGCCGUUACAGAAGCUCCUCCAAUGUUUUAGUAUCCUUCUGACUUUGUGUUCUGGAACAUUUCAGUUUUUCUGCCCACUCUGUGUCUCUUUCUCUAAAAUAUCUCCAUCCAUCCUCCCCGCUUUCUCCUGGACCUUUGAAUCAGAAAAGUAGCAAAAACUCACCAUGUUUUAUCUCAUCUUAACAUAAAUGAGCCUUUCCAUGGAAAAGGCUCAAAACCUGAACCUGCUAAACUCCCCGAGCCCAAGGUAAAGAUAAUCACAGAUAAUCACGUGAUGCUUUGAAACCCAAGAGGCUCCUGGGUAAUCAGAGGACGCUGAUGUGAUUCUACUGUAUCAUCGACCUGGCUGCCAGACUUUACCCGAGGAAGAGGAAGAGGAAGAGAGGGGAGGAAGGUAGAUAAGAAUGGUUCUGUUUUUAAUACUGUGAUGUUUGUUUGAGCUAUCCGUGUGUGCAUGUGUGUGGAUAGCCAUAUCCCGUGUAAAUAUUGAUGAUUUAUCUAUUCCAUGUGCCUUAUUCUAUAGUGUUACAAUGGUUGCUUUCGUUCAUGCCUUCACGGGGUCCUGGAGGGGUCUCUGUACAUACAAACCAAUCCCCCCCCCCUGCUCACCUUGGUGGGAAACAUAUGGUGAUAAAAAGGGACGAGAUGAUAGGAUGUACCAGAACCGUUUGUGAUUACUGUAGAGUAGUUCCUCUUCUGAAAGCUACACACCAAUUCAACGAUUAUUCUGAACAUAUUUACAAACUGUUUUUAUGUAUAUUAUCUUCCCGAGCACAUUUUGAAUUAGUGUUGGAGUUAUUGAGACGAAUGUAGUUCACGUUAUUGUUUUAUUGUCUCAACGUUUAGCGAACGGAAGUAUCUCUCUCCAAAAGUCUCCGAAUGGCAGAUUGGACUCAUGAUGAGUUGAUGGUUGGUGGUUUGAGAAAAGAUAAUACAAAAACACGAUAAUGCCAGUUGGCCGGUGAAGCUCGGGGCGUGACAGCCAAAGUUUAGCAAUCAAACUCUCAUUUAUGGUCGCCGCAUGGAGAGAAACGCAGCGAGAAGUCCUGAGGUUGGUAACAGCUCUGUGUUCAUGGAAAGACUCUCCGUCAGUUCUUAGAAAUCAAAGAAUAAUGCUCAUAGUUUGGAGAACCACCACCCAAACACAAUGGAGGUGGAUGGGAGGGAUCUUGUGGUGUUUAAAAACUCUUCAACAACAAUGUCCUGAUUAUUUUUGAAAAUCUGUAUUGUUGGGAAGAAGCUUCUUGGGAUGAACUAGAGAUCUAAAAAUCUCAGGACAAAAAAAGUCUUAUUUCUUCUUUGUGUGUUUUUCCCCUUUAAUAAAACGUGGUGUAUAUAAAGUGUCUUUAGUCCGCUUGACUAAGGGCUCUUUGGUUUCAUCAUUUAUCAAAAAUCAUCCACAUUUACUCGUCAAAUAUAUUACCAAAGAUUAAAGUCUACAUAUCA